AUGAAGAUCGCAGGAUUCUUUCUUGUUGUUGCGCUUGUCAGCUCUUCGGCCGCGGCGAAGUCAAAUAGCACCGCGCCAUCUGAGGUGCCAUACUACGGAAGAAGUCCGCCAGUGUACCCAUCUCCCAUUGGUAAUGGCUCAAGCAAUUCUGGUUGGGCCGCUGCCUAUCGCCAUGCCAGAGCAUUGGUCUCCCAACUCACGGUCGAAGAGAAGGCGAAUAUCACUCGAGGGUGGACAGGGACAUGCGUAGGGAAUUCCGGCGAAGUUCCUAGACUCGGAAUCCCGGCACUGUGCUUUGCUGAUGCACCAGACGGAGUCCGCGGUCAGGAAUUCGUUUCCGCAUUCCCGGCCGGAAUCCACGUUGCUGCUACCUUUGACAAAGCCCUGUUAUACAAGUAUGGCAAGGCACUGGGCGACGAGUACUACGGAAAAGGUAUCAACGUCGCUUUAGGGCCGGCUGCUGGCCCUCUCGGGAGGGAGGGUGCUGCCUCGGUCAUGUGCUCGUACCAGAGAUCCAAUCACUCUUACGGCUGCCAGAACUCUAAACUCUUGAACGGCAUAUUGAAGACCGAGCUCGGCUUCGAAGGUUUUGUUGUUAGCGAUUGGGAAGGCCAAAUGGGCGGUGUUGCCUCAGCCAACGCCGGGUUGGACUUGGUGAUGCCGGACGAGGGGUUCUGGGGGGACAAGCUGAUUGAGGCUGUCAACAAUGGUUCUGUAACCGAAGAACGACUAUCCGACAUGGCCACGAGGAUCCUCGCUGGUUAUCACUUCCUUCAUCAAGAGCAUGCCUUCCCUGCUCCAGCAGUGCACUCGAAUCUGCAAAAGGCUUACCCAGUCGAUGUUCAGGAUGAUCACGCUUCUUUGAUCCGUCAAAUCGGAGCAGCCGGCACAAUCUUGGUAAAGAACACCAAUCAUACGCUUCCGCUCAAGAAUCCCAAGUUCCUGUCUAUCUAUGGUUACGAUGCAACGGUCAAGGCGAUCCCUUGGGAGAAUCCAAGUCGCUAUGGCGGCGGUUACGAAGUCAACUUCGGCUGGGAAACAUUCAAUGGGACACUGAUCACCGGUGGUGGCUCUGGCGGCAGUACUCCCCCAUAUGUGGUCUCACCAUUCCAGGCGAUCCAAGAGCGAAUUUCCAAGAAUCGAGGCAUCCUACGAUGGAACUUUUACUCUGAAAACCCCUCUCCGCCCUACGUCAACUCUGAAGCCUGCCUUGUUUUUAUCAACGCGUAUGCCUCUGAGAGCUUUGAUCGCCUGAGCCUCACGGACGAAUUCAGCGACAACCUUGUGCAGAACGUAGCCGCAAACUGUUCAAAUACUGUAGUCGUGAUCCACUCAGCCGGCAUUCGCACUGUUGAUGCGUGGAUCGAACACCCUAACGUCACUGCUGUCCUUUUUGCCGGGCUUCCUGGCCAGGAGAGCGGCCACAGCCUUGUGGAUGUACUAUGGGGCGACAUUAAUCCAUCUGGAAAGCUGCCUUUCACUAUUGCUCGGCAGGAGUCGGACUAUGGCAGCCAUCUGAACUCCAGUGCCUCGGAUGACUUCUUCCCUGACAGUAACUUCACCGAAGGCCUGUACAUCGAUUACCGUUACUUCGAUGCACACAAUAUCACUCCCCGCUAUGAGUUUGGCUUUGGCCUCUCAUAUACCACUUUUAGCUUUGCUGACUUGUCCGUUGAGCUCACGGCUGACGCGGAUACAUCAGAAUACCCCGAUCCCAAUGUGUCGAUCGUGCAGGGUGGCCAUCCAUCACUGUGGGAAACCGUUGCAGUUGCAAAGGUGUCUCUCACUAAUACCGGUGACGUGGAUGGAGCAGAGGUUGCACAGCUGUACAUCGGAGUUCCGGGUGACGACACGCCUAUUCGACAGCUUCGCGGCUUCUCCCGCGUCUUUCUUUCAAGUGGGCAGACGCAGUCGGUCGCUUUUGAACUCACCAGACGUGAUCUUAGCAUCUGGGAUGUCGAAGCUCAGCAAUGGCGUUUACGCCGAGGAACUUAUAACGUGUGGUCUGGAUCAUCGAGCAGAAAUCUGGCCAACUCAUUUCUUUACUCUUCUACCUUCCCUUCCUCAUUCUCUUCUUUUCACCACGGCAAGCUUCUGCAAGAGCCCUCCGGCACCACUACAAACACCUCCUACCUCAACAUGCCUUCGAAAUCAUCUCAGAUCAAUGUAGAUGCGGAGAUCGUCUAUGAAUAUCAUCGAAUGCAUAUGGCUGUCAGUCCUGCUAAGGCCAUCUUCUGCCUUUGUAGUCUCGACACACGAGUAGCAACACGCGCAGCACAGCUUUUCCUCGCUGGUUAUGGAGAAUAUCUCAUCUACUCUGGCGGAUCAGGGAAACUUACGGCAAAUCGUUUUGCGAAACCAGAAGCCGAGAUAUUUGCAUGUAUUGCCAGGGAGUUAGGGGUUCCGGCCGACAAGAUCAUCGUGGAGCCAAACUCGAGCAACACUGGCGAAAAUGUUCGGUUCACCCAUGCCCUUUUGAAAGAACUAGAGCUAGAGGCCACGAGCUUCGUGCUGGUUCAGAAGCCAUAUAUGGAAAGGAGAACAUAUGCAACCUUCAGCAAACAAUGGCCGGACCCCAAAACAGUGUUCACUGUGACAAGCCCUGAACUGGGAUUCGCCCAAUAUCCGAAUGAGGAAAACCCUCGUGACUUAGUUAUUGAGAUCAUGGUCGGGGACUUGGUGAGAAUCCGAGAGUACCCAGCAAAGGGCUUUCAAGUUGAGCAAAGGAUUCCUUCCGAGGUCUGGGAGGCAAACCAGAGGCUCAUUAACGCUGGCUACGAUGGGCAUUUACCCUGA